CUCGGGGGUUUGUGUUGGAGUUGUCAGGGAGCGUAAAAAGCACGGGCUGUGUUACAAACCGAGGAUUAAGAGUGUGACCGGUUAUUACCGCUGCAUAGUGUCUAGGGUUUAGUGCGUAGGGAGCGAGGUGUGGAGUCCUGAGUCAGAACACCGGUAUGGAAAGGGUUUCAUUUCACACCCAGGCGCAGUGCACUUAAAUAAAGGAAAGGGAAAAAGGGGGGAGUGGUUUGGGACGCAGCCCGAACAGCGCUUUGCCGGUUGCCGGUAAAUGAAGAUGGCGGCGGCGUUGCGCAGGAUGGUGUCGGUGCUGGCGAGCAGAUCGGUGGCUCGGUUCGGGGACGCGGCGCGGGUGAGGAGCGGCGGCGCGGCGCUCGGGUUCGGGCUGGCGGCUGGAGGAGCUACAGCGCUGUACCUCAACUACCGAGGGACGCGCACCGGAAUCCGCAACAGCGCGCCCGUGCUCGCCGAGGAGCAGAAGCAUCACUUGGACCUGGAGGAUGGAGACGUGUAUAUGUCGUCCCAUGAGCACCGCUUUCGUCUCUUCAGCUCUCUGGAGUAUGAGGGUCAGCUGUACAUGACUCCUCAAAACUUCAUCGAGUCAGUGACCAUGAGAGAGCCGAGGGAUAAGAAAGCAUGGAGGUCUCUCAGUAAGCAGGAGCUGGAGAAGGUCCUCUCCGAGACGCCGCCGGUGUGGAAAGGAAGUUCUACUCUUUUCCGGAAUCUCCAAGAGCGAGGGAUCAUCGCUUACACAGAGUAUCUCUUCCUGCUUUGUAUCCUGACCAAGCCUCAUGCUGGUUUUAAAAUAGCCUUCAACAUGUUCGACGCCGACGGCAACCAGAUGGUGGACAAGCAGGAGUUUCUGGUGCUGCAGGAGAUCUUCCGGAAGAAGAACGAAAAGAAGGGACGCAAGGGAGAUGCGGAGAAAUCGGCUCAGCUGAGCAUGCAGCUCUAUGGAUAUCAUGUCGUCCCAGGCUCUAGCGUGUCGAAAAAACCGAGCCGUGAGGAGAGCGUGGCGAGGAGCUACUGGGACGUGUUGAGACGAAGCGCCAGCCACGCGCUCUUUUCUGACCUGGCAGAGGAUUAUAAUCUGGAGCGCACAGACGACAUGACGGUCGACACCACGCUGCUCGUACACUUCUUCGGGAAGAAAGGGAAAGUCGAGCUGACGUUCGACGACUUCUACAGGUUUAUGGAUAACCUCCAAACCGAGGUGCUGGAGAUCGAGUUCCUGACGUACUCCAAAGGCAUGAUCACCAUUAGCGAGGAAGAUUUCGCUCGCAUCCUCUUGAGAUACACCAACGUGGAGGACAUACGCAGCUACCUGGAGAACGUGCGCCAGUCCAUUCCUGAUGAAAAGGGCAUCACUUUCGACGAGUUCAGGUCUUUCUUUCAGUUCCUUAACAACCUCGAAGACUUCGCCAUCGCUAUGCAGAUGUACAACUUUGCCAGCCGUUCCAUCGGACAAGAUGAGUUUGCGAGAGCGGUGUACGUUGCCACGGGUCUUAAACUCACUCGCCACCUCGUCAACACCAUCUUUAAGAUCUUCGAUGUGGACCACGACGACCAGCUGAGCUACAAAGAGUUUAUCGGGAUCAUGAAGGACAGACUGCACCGUGGAGCCAGGGGUUACAAGGAUGUAGAACGCUUCACUUCCUUCCGGUCAUGUCUGAAGAAAGAGCUGGCAGGAAGCAGGUGAACAGCGAGUGAUUCUUCAGCUGCAGUCUGGACGAGGAAGGAGCCUCGAUCAUCAUCAUCAUCCUCAUGAUCAGAAGUCUUCCGCAGAACGUUUUCUGCAUUCUGCAUGUUCCUGCAUGACUUUCUUUCUCCGUCUCUGGGUUCUUCAGACGCUGGAAUGUUACUUGAAAUGUGAAUGAUAUAAAUAUUUGAAAGAUGGUGAUACUCGUCGAUCUCGCACCGUUCGCCGUCCUUCAUCAUCUGUACGAUUUCCGUUUAUUUAGAGUUCAAAUCUCAGUUCUCUUUUUUCCCGUAAAAAUAUUAUUCAUUACUUUGAAUCGAAAUUCUAUCGCGGAUUUUCUUCCGUUUUGUUCGUUUACAAGCGAAACCAAAGCGCCGGCUAACGCUAAACUACCGUCUCGAUUCUGAUUGGUCGGGAGGAAUAUUUUAGCGUUUCUAUAGUAAUAUGGGUCACGUGGACAAUCCAAUAUUGGGCAAAUAUUUUAAUAGAAAUGCGUCUUUCACAAAAUGGGGACAAAUUCGGAAGGAGUCUCCAGUGUCGGAGGUCAAACUGUCGUUUUUCUCCGUAACAUGACGACAAAUUAUUAUUAUUAUUAUUACUAUUAUUAAUAUUUUGACUUAUUAACCUAAAGAGGAAGUGAAGAGAGUGUGAUGUGAAGAAAAGACAAUUUGCAGCUGCUAUAAAACAAGUGAUAACAUGAACGCCGAACAAUGAAGGUAAAUAUGAAUGGAAAAAAAAUUAUCAGAAAAAAUAUCCCAUAAUAUUAAAAAUGUACCUUAAUUAUAUUUUAUUUGUAUUGCGCUUUUUAUAAUGGAUGUUUUACACAGAUAAAGCGUUAACAGAGUUAUAUAAAAGAAUGUGAGGAAUAAAACACUCGGGGUUGUGACGUCAUAAAGAAAGGAUUGACCGUCGUCGUGGAAACGGCGACUCGGAGGCGGAGCUUUGUUAAUGAAUAAUUAAAUUCUAGAUCUACGUUGAACCUGAAGUGCCUAAUCAGAGCCAUUUCAUUAAAUCACAAAUGUUCCUUUUUACAAAAUGUUUAAUUACAGUGUAUAAAUACACCUUAUAACCAAAAGUUUUUGGUCUUCUGGACUAGACCUGCGCGAGAGACGUCCCGGAGGUGGUAUUUUUCCGUGUAAUAAUCCCAGAACCGCAUGUGACACUGUGAUCCGUUGUAAUAAUGAAGCUAAUGAUCGUAUUUCUGCAUUUAUUUAUCUGAACAAUCACACAGACUGCAGUAUAGAACCUGUUGGAAUGAAGUCAAAGUGACGCCUGAAUGCUGAAACUUUAUUAAACACACAGGAAUAUGUGAUAUAAUCAGGUGAUGGAGAGAUACUGUAUUUAUAUAUUUAUGUGUAGAAGAACGAUGUCACUGUAUGAAAUGCAUGAAUUGUUUUCGGUGGUUAUUUCUGGGAAAUGAAGUUGUGAUGAAGUAA